GCGCCCGCUUCCAAGAUGGCGGUGACGAUGUCUUCCAGGCUGUCGGGGUGGCGGUGACGACGGGAAGCCGAAGAGCAGCUGGUCCCAGGAUCGCUGUUGGAGUGCUGGAUGGAGCCUUUCUCUGUCCUCUGUGACAUUUCCAAUUUUAGAUAAUGCCUCACAUCUCUGCCCCCCCGGGACCCCCUGAAGUCCCCAUGAUCCCGAAGAAGACAGCUUGAACCUAGACCUGAGCCCAGGAUGUUGCGGAGGCUGCUGGAGCGGCCCUGCACACUGGCCCUGCUUGUGGGCUCCCAGCUGGCUGUCAUGAUGUACCUGUCACUGGGGGGCUUCCGAAGCCUCAGUGCCCUAUUUGGCCGAGAGCAGGGGCCGACAUUUGACUAUUCUCAUCCGCAUGAUGUCUACAGUAACCUCAGUCACCUACCUGGGGCCCCUGUUGCCCCAGGGGCCCCUCCAGCUCCUCAAGGUCUGCCCUACUGUCCAGAACGAUCUCCUCUUUUAGUGGGUCCCGUGUCCGUGUCCUUUAGCCCAGUGCCGUCACUGGCAGAGAUUGUGGAGAGGAAUCCCCGGGUGGAACCGGGGGGCCGGUACCGCCCCGCCGGGUGUGAGCCCCGCUCCCGAACAGCCGUCAUUGUGCCCCACCGGGCCCGGGAGCACCACCUGCGCCUGCUGCUCUACCACCUGCACCCCUUCCUGCAGCGUCAGCAGCUUGCUUACGGCAUCUAUGUCAUCCACCAGGCUGGAAAUGGAACAUUUAACAGGGCCAAGCUGUUAAACGUUGGGGUGCGGGAGGCCCUGCGUGAUGAGGAGUGGGACUGCCUGUUCUUGCACGACGUGGACCUUCUGCCCGAGAACGACCACAAUUUGUAUGUGUGUGACCCCCGGGGACCCCGGCAUGUUGCUGUUGCCAUGAACAAGUUCGGCUACAGCCUCCCGUACCCCCAGUACUUUGGAGGAGUCUCGGCGCUCACUCCUGACCAGUACCUGAAGAUGAAUGGCUUCCCCAAUGAAUACUGGGGCUGGGGUGGUGAGGAUGACGACAUUGCUACCAGGGUGCGUCUGGCUGGGAUGAAGAUCUCUCGCCCCCCCACGUCGGUGGGGCACUACAAGAUGGUGAAGCAUCGAGGCGAUAAGGGCAACGAGGAAAACCCCCACAGAUUUGACCUCCUGGUCCGUACUCAGAAUUCUUGGACACAAGAUGGGAUGAACUCACUGACAUACCGAUUGCUGGCUCGAGAGCUGGGCCCUCUCUAUACCAACAUCACAGCAGACAUUGGAACUGACCCUCGGGGCCCCCGGACUCCCUCUGGUCCCCGUUACCCACCUGGUUCCUCCCAGGCCUUCCGUCAAGAGAUGCUGCAGCGCCGGCCCCCAGCCAGGCCUGGCCCUCUGCCUACCGCCAACCACACAGCCCCCCGUGGUUCCCACUGACUCCUCCUUCCUGCCCUCCUCAAUCAUGAAACUGAAUCAGAGGGGUUGUACUCUCCCCACCCUCAGCUCCUCACCGGUCUUAGAGGGAUGUGGGGGGAUUGAACUCCAGGGCUGCGCUGGAGGCAAGGGCCUCUCCUCACUGCUGGACUGGAGCUGGGCUCCUUCAGUCCUGGGGGGUCCCUCUUUCUAGGGUCACCUGCUAGGGCUUAUGACUGUGAAUCCUUGAUGUCAUGAUUUUAUGUGAUGACUCCUCAGAGUCCCUGGCCCCUGGGGUAAGAGCAGGGCUGGACCCCAAGUCCCUUCCUCUUCCGUGGAGAGAAGAGUGAUCUGGCUUUUCCUGGGACCUCUGUGAAUAUUUAUUCUAUUUAUGGUUCCGAGGAAGUACGUUUGGUGAAGGAAGCCCGUCCCUGGGUACUUUCUGCCAGUGCUGGAGUCACUUCCUCUUCUGGACCUGGCUCAGGGGGCUGGGAUUUUGAUAUAUUUUCUAAUAAAGGACUUUGUCUUGCC